AUGGAAAACACAUCCCAUGUUUCAUCGUUUACACUUACAGCAUUUGGAGAUAUGGGUAACAACAAAUAUAUAUAUUUUGCUAUCACUCUAAUAGGGUAUCUUUUUAUGAUCAGUGUAAAUUCAUGUUUUAUUUUACUAAUAAUACUAGAGAAAAGCCUCCAUGAGCCAAUGUACAUCUGCCUCUGUAAUUUAUUUAUGAAUGCCCUCUUAGGAACUGCUAGCUUCUAUCCUUCAUUUCUGUAUCAUCUUCUUUCAGACACCCAAGUCAUUUCUUAUGGAUUUUGUUACACUCAAAUGUGUGUUAUGUAUACAUAUGUUAUGGGUGAAAUGACAAUUCUAACGGUUAUGGCCUAUGACAGGUAUGUAGCAAUAUACUUGCCAUUAAAAUACAACACUGUCAUGACAUGUACACAACUAUACAAAUUAUUACUUGCAGCCUGGAUUUAUCCUGUUGUUAUGGUGUUCUUGUUUCUCAUCUUUUCUCUGUCAGUUCCAUUAUGUGGAAACCAGAUUAAUAAAUUGUAUUGUCACAACUGGGAUGUUAUGAAGCUAUCUUGUGUAGACACGACUGUUAAUAAUAUUUUGGGAUUUUUGGUAUAUGCUUCAUUUAUUCCACUCUUUUCUUUUACUGUAUACUCUUACAUUAAAAUACUUAUAGUAUGCCAUAAAAGCGCCAAAGAGCACAACAGGAAAGCUUUGCAAACCUGUCUUCCACAUUUAAUUUCAUUAAUUAGCUUUUAUGCUACUGUGUUAUCAGAAACGGUUCAAAGCCGAUUAAACCCUAAGAAUGUGUUAAACAUUGUACGCACAAUCACAUCACUGGAACUUCUAAUUGUUCCUCCUCUUUUGAAUCCCAUUAUUUAUUGCCUGAUUCUGCCUGAGAUCCGUAAAAGAGUUGUGAAAACAUUUAGAGGAAAACAAAUUGGUCCUAAAGCAUGGAUACGGCGCCACAAACCCGACAUCCUGGAGGAGGCGGUAAAAUUGGCCGAAGACUUCGAGGACUCCCUGACGUCGGCCCGGGUCAGGAUCCUGUCAGUCCCUGUCCUUCGCAGUCACGAACCUCUCCCUCCCUCUCCUCCAAUACCACCAUCAUCCUCGUUCCUGGGACCAAGACCUCCCAGACCGCCGAUUCCGUUGGGCCCCCUUGCCUCCCCCUCAUGGAGACUGAGUAGAUACGUUUCAAGUGAUAUGCCAAAGGCUUUACACAAUCUCCUGUCAGUGGAAUUUCUAAUCGUCCCCCCUGUUUUCAAUCCUGUCAUUUAUGGUUUAAACCUUCAAACGAUCCGGAACAAAGUCACAAGAAUGUGCAGCAGAAACAAAGUAUAA